GGCUCCGGGUGCUGAGGCUUCCGCGCCUGCUGGUUCCUCGCUCCGGGGCGGGGCUCGCGAUAGCGAGCGGGAGCAGGGCGCGGGGCGGGACCUGGGUCCGAGGCGAGAAAGCCGGAAGCCGUGCACGGGGAGCCUUCCCCUUCGACUGCAGCUUCGCUCGGCGCCUUCUGCGCGCCUGGGAUCCCGGAGCCUGCCUAGGUUCUGUGCGCUCCCGCCCAGGCCUGUGCCCCCCGCCCGCCUGCGCCCCAGGCAGGUCCCAGGCCUCCGGCUGCUCCCGGCCGAAGGUGGGGACUGGCAGUGGCAGGCACCGCUAGCGAGGGCGUUUGGGGACCCAGGGUGACCACGGCGCAGCCAUGGGGACCGCUCUUGUGUACCAUGAAGACAUGACGGCCACCCGGCUGCUUUGGGACGACCCCGAGUGCGAGAUUGAGCGCCCUGAGCGCCUGACCGCAGCCCUGGACCGCCUGCGGCAGCGCGGCCUGGAACAGAGGUGUCUGCGGUUGUCAGCCCGCGAGGCCUCGAAAGAGGAGCUGGGCCUGGUGCACAGCCCAGAGUAUGUGUCUCUGGUCAGGAAGACCCAGGUCCUAGGCGAGGAGGAGCUGCAAGCGCUGUCCAGACAGUUCGACGCCAUCUACUUCCACCCGAGUACCUUUCACUGUGCACGCCUGGCCGCAGGGGCUGGACUGCAGCUGGUGGAUGCUGUGCUCACGGGAACUGUGCAAAACGGGCUUGCCCUGGUGAGGCCCCCCGGGCACCACAGCCAGAGGGCAGCUGCCAACGGGUUCUGCGUGUUCAACAAUGUGGCCAUAGCAGCUGCACAUGCCAAGCAGAAGCACGGGCUACACAGGAUCCUCAUCGUGGACUGGGAUGUGCACCAUGGCCAGGGGAUCCAGUAUCUCUUUGAGGAUGACCCCAGCGUCCUUUACUUCUCCUGGCACCGCUAUGAGCAUGGGCGUUUCUGGCCUUUCCUUCGAGAGUCAGAUGCAGACGCAGUGGGGCGGGGACAGGGCCUCGGCUUCACUGUCAACCUGCCCUGGAACCAGGUUGGGAUGGGAAAUGCUGACUACAUGGCUGCCUUCCUGCACCUGCUGCUCCCACUGGCCUUUGAGUUUGACCCUGAGCUGGUGCUAGUCUCAGCAGGAUUUGACUCAGCCAUCGGGGACCCUGAGGGGCAAAUGCAGGCCACGCCAGAGUGCUUCGCCCACCUCACACAGCUGCUGCAGGUGCUGGCCGGCGGCCGGGUCUGCGCCAUGCUGGAGGGCGGCUACCACCUGGAAUCACUGGCUGAGUCAGUGUGCAUGACAGUACAGACGCUGCUGGGCGACCCGGCUCCACCCCUAUCAGGGCCCAUGGUGCCAUGUCAGAGUGCCCUGGAGUCCAUCCAGAGUGCCCGUGCUGCCCAGGCCCCGUACUGGAAGAGCCUGCAGCUGCAAGAUGCGACCCCUGUGCCAACGAGCCCCAGCACCCACUCCCCAGAGGGGAGGCCUCCACCUCUGCUGCCUGGGGGUCCCAUGUGUAAGGCAGCUGCACCUGCACCUGCACCUGCACCUGCACCGAGCUCCUUCCUGGAUCAGCCAUGCCUCUGCCCUGCACCCUCUGUCCGCACCACUGUUGCCCUGACAGCGCCAGAUACCACACUGGUCCUGCCCCCUGAUGUCAUCCAACAGGAAGGGUCAGCCCUGAGGGAGGAGACAGAAGCCUGGGCCAGGCCACACAAGUCCCUGGCCCGGGAGGAGGCCCUCACUGCACUUGGGAAGCUCCUGUACCUCUUAGAUGGGAUGCUGGAUGGGCAGGUGAACAGUGGCAUCGCAGCCACUCCAGCCUCUGCUGCAGCAGCCACCCUGGAUGUGGCUAUUCAGAGAGGCCUGUCCCAUGGAGCCCAGAGGCUGCUGUGUGUGGCCCUGGGACAGCUGGACCGGCCUCCAGACCUCGCCCAUGACGGGAGAACUCUGUGGCUGAACAUCGGGGGCAAGGAGGCAGCCGCCCUAUCCAUGUUCCAUGUCUCCACGCCACUGCCAGUGAUGACUGGUGGCUUCCUGAGCUGUAUCUUGGGCUUGGUGCUGCCCCUGGCCUAUGGCUUCCAGCCUGACCUGGUGCUGGUGGCGCUAGGGCCUGGUCAUGGCCUGCAAGGGCCCCACGCUGCACUCCUGUCUGCCAUGCUUCGGGGGCUGGCAGGGGGCCGAGUCCUGGCCCUCCUGGAGGAGGACUCCACACCCCAGCUAGCAGGGAUCCUGGCCCGGGUGCUGCAUGGAGAGGCACCUCCUAGCCUAGGCCCUUCCUCUAUGGCCUCCCCAGAGGACGUCCAGGCUCUGAUGUAUUUGAGAGGGCAGCUGGAGCCUCAGUGGAAGAUGCUGCAGUGCCGUCCUCACCUGGUGGCUUGAAAUCGGCCAAGGUGGGAGCAUUUACGCCGCAGAAAUGACACCGCACGCCAGCACCUCGCUGCCGCGAUCCGGACCCCAAGCCCGCGGCUCCCACGACUCCGGGGCACGGAACCCCGCCCACUCCCACCCCCGUCCCCUCCCACCCGUGCUUCCCCCGCUCCACCCCUUACUUCGCCUUGCCCCGCCCCACCCAUCGCGCCCUGGCCCGUCCCAUCCGGGCCCAUGCAACCCACCCUCGGUCCCGUUCCGGCCCCUGCGGCCCACUGCGCUUCGCUCCCCGCCCUUGCGCCGUUAGUAAACAUGGGUCAAACGAAA